AUGGAGAUAGGUCAUUGGGGAUGGACUUCAGCGAAAAGAUAUGACACGAAAAAGGGGUCUAGUGUAAAAGUCCAACUUACACCGCAGUCACAUGUACCCAUAAGUUCCCAGUGUUCACCGGCGGCUACAGUUCACCAGAAAUCGACCGGAAUUUUUAGUGACGGUCUUCUUCCACCAUUUCCGGUCCCAAAAGAUUUUCUACUUCAAAUGCUCGGUGAAGAACGUGUUUCCAACUUUGUCAUACAGGAAAUUGUUAGCUCAACCUUGGCUGACUACACAAAGAAGGAAAAUCUAACAGUGAAAGGCAACAAGAUUAACACUAUACAGACAGCUGGAGAACUCAGAUCAUCGUUUGUUCCUGGAAAAGAAUUUGGAUUUAGUGCUACACUAGAGCUUGAAAUAUUGAUAGUCGAAACAUCUAGCCAAUAG